CGGAAUGAUGACUACCCUUCUUUCGACGUCAUCUGCAAAUCCCGUACUCAUCUGUGUCGUUCUGCUCUGUCUGGCACUCCUCCGCUCUUGGGUGCGAGCGAGGGACCGACACCUGCCUCCUGGCCCAAAGCGACUUCCUGUUAUCGGCAACGCCCUUCAGGUGCCGUUCGAAUGCCAGGAGCUUACGUUCACGGAGUGGGGCAGCAGAUUCGGGGAUGUCGUCUAUGCACGCUUGUUUCAGAAGCACGUCAUUGUCCUCAACUCCAUACACGCUGCUCGUGAGCUGUUGGAGAAGCGUGGUGCGGCUUAUUCAGAUAGGCCCCGCUUCGUAAUGUAUGCCGAAGUAAUUAAGGCCUUCGACCCGAAUCUCGUUCUCAUGAAGUACGGAGAUGCUUGGCGUCAACAGCGGAAGUGGUUCCAGACUACUAUUUCAACCAGGACUGCGCUAAACAGCUUCCAGCCAGUUCAGCGGCGAGAAAUGGCGCGAUUCCUCUCGGAAUUGCUUCGAACGCCUAAGGAUUUCACGUCGCACAUCAAGAGAUAUACCGCCGGCGUCUUGUUCGAAAUCAGCUACGGACAUACCGUCACGUCCAAUGAUGACGAUUUCGUGGCCAAAGCAGACGAAGCCAUGACGGGAGUCGUUGAAUCUGGCGGAGCCGGCUCGACUUUGGUCGACUUCGCUCCCAUAUUGCAGUACAUCCCAGCUUGGAUGCCAGGAGCAGGAUUCAAACGCAAAGCCUUGGAGAUCAGGCGGUUGGCAUUUGAAGCCAUGAAUGUCCCAUUCAUGAGGGUCAAGGACGAGAUGGCAUGUGGUAUCGCCAAACCAUCGUAUGUGAGCAAACUGCUCGAGGAAACAUCCAACAGUCCUACCCGUGCCCAGGACGAAAUUAGUAUAAGGGGUGGCGCAACCGUUAUGUAUCAAGCUGGUAUCGAUACCACCUCUGCCACGAUUACGUCUUUUUUCUUAGCCAUGACUUUGUUCCCUGAUAUCUAUCGGAGGGCUCAAGCGGAGAUGGACACAGUCGUCGGUCGUUCACGGCUUCCAACUCAUGCUGACAGACCUUCGCUGCCCUACCUGGAGAGCGUGUUGAAGGAGACGUUCCGUUGGAGCCCUCCAGUUCCUCUUGGAGUGCCUCACCUAGUCGCUGAUGAUGAUGAAUAUCGCGGAUAUUGCAUCCCUGGCGGAUCUAUGAUCAUAACGAACAUUUGGGGUAUGACGCGAGAUCCGGAGAUGUUUCCUGCGCCAGAGGUCUUCGACCCAGAACGCUUCCGCAAGACCGCCGAGGAUAGGGAAGGCGUACCCGAUCCUUCCACAUUUGUGUUUGGGUUUGGACGGAGGGUCUGCCCUGGUCGAAUGCUUGCCGACUCGAGUGCCUGGCUAAUUGCAGCGAAUCUAGUAGCAACGAUGGAUAUCGGAAGGGCACGAGAUGAAGCAGGACGGGAGGUCAUCCCUGUCUCAGAGUUCAAAUCCGGGAGCGUAAGACACCCGAAGCUGUUCCUCUGUAGCAUCAAACCUCGACACAGCAAGGUGUCUCAGCUGAUCUUCCAAGUCAGCCGCGACACUAAGUGAGGGAUCGAGAGCAGGAUCUCAUGGCUUGUAUAUUCCUGAUGAAAGGCUAUUUGUUCGAAUUGUAUGAAUAUCUCACGCGAUCAGGCGCGCCCUGUGUAUGAACUUUUGGUCGCGCGGGA